AUUUUUAUUCCGGCCUCGAGUGCAGGGGACUGGAAUAGAAGACAACUCAAGGUCCCUUCCAGUCCUACAAUUCUACAGUACUCCUGUCUUUACUGCUCAGUGCCUUUCCCCGCGCCACACACACACACACACACCUCUUUCGUAUGCCCUGUGACCCAGUCACCUUUGCUGAAAUCUUGUGUUCCUCACAAAGACAAUACACUCUUUCCCUGCCACAAACUUUUGCUUUCUUGUGAUGUCCUCAGUUGGUAGGGAAAGUUCUGGGGACUGAAGGGUCUCACUUCACCCACUCUCCUUCUGCAGUGACCACAAUCUGUCUUCCCUGCAGGUUCCUGGGAUCUACGAGUCAGUCCCUCCUGAAGUCCCAGGGCCUGAUUCCUCUUUCUCGCUUUCUCCUUUCCCAGAGGCAUCAGACUCUGUCGCUCCUAAAUUAUAGUAUUUAAUUCACUGGAGCUAUCCACACACUGGGGGAUAUUCAUACUCCCUUCCUGACUUACUAGAGUCCUUAUUUCCUCAAAAUGUGCUUUCCUGACAUAUAAUACCCUGACAUACUGCAUUCUGGGACCUCUGUGCUCCCUCUUCUUCCUUACUGUGCUGAACCCCAUCAGCCAAUGCUCCCCUGUUCCAGCUCUCCUAUGGCUCAUAAUCUCUGGUCCUCUCUCUGCCAGAAAGAAGCAUUUCUCAGGGGACUUGCCCACUGUCUGGAGUCUUCACUGUCUGGGACAUGGAAUUACCUUUGCUGUGUUUUAGGAGCCCGUUUGAUGAGUGUCGGGCUCUGUGUGCUCACAGGAGAGAUGGGGAUGGUUAAAUCCCCCCAAAGCAGAGCGCCCAGCACCUUUGAGCAACUUGGGAGUUGGCCCUGGUGUUUUACUGCCUUAUCAUGGGCUGGGGUUAAAAUAACAGAACAUUGUUUUCGGAGAAGUGUCCCAGGAAUUCACCUGAUGUCCCUUGUUUUCCUUCCCCUGAGCAGGGCUUCCACUUCCCAAACCUGAUGUGAUCUCCCGGCUGGAGAAAGGGGAAGAGCCGUGGGUCCCAGAUCUCCAGGACUCAGAAGAACAAAGGAUCCGGAGACGCACCUGCCCAGCAGGUGGUGGGAUGGGGAGUGAGAACGGGGAGUGGAAGCUUCAGCAGAUGGACGCUGAGCAAGCGGGACCAGACAGGGUGUUAUUGCAAAGAGCCAAAGGGAAUGUGUCCAGACGUCUUGAGCAAGGACAAUCUUGUGAGAGUCGGCACAGGCCAGCAAGGCAGUGGACAAAGCAGCCAGGGGGUAAAUCCGUUAAUUGUCAGGCAACUCACAAAGACCUCAAGGGAACCACAGGCCAGCACGGAGUCCUCGCAGGCGAGAGAAAAAAUCCAUGCACCAAGUAUGGGAAAAACUUCCGUAGACGCUCGCACCUUAUUAAUCAUGAGAGAAUCCAUACGGCAGAGAGAUCUUAUGAAUGCAGCGAGUGCGGGAAAAGCUUCAAUAAGCGUUCAAACCUGAUUAGACAUCAGAAAAACCACAAGGGAGAGAAACCCUACAAAUGCUGCGAGUGCGGGAAAAGCUUCAAUGAGAGCUCAAUUCUCAUUACGCAUCAGAGAAUCCACACAGGGGAGAGGCCCUAUGAAUGCUGGGAGUGCGGGAAAACCUUCGUGCAGCGCUCAGCGCUUAUGAGACACCAGAGAAUCCACACUGGGGAGAGACCUCAUGAAUGCGGGAGGUGCGGGAAAAACUUUACUCAGCGCUCAGACCUUAAUAGUCAUCAGCGAAUCCACACAGGGGAGAGGCCUUAUGAAUGCGGGGAGUGUGGGAAAACCUUCAUUCAGAGCUCAGACCUUAUUAGUCAUCAACGAAUCCACACAGGGGAGAGGCCCUAUGAAUGCGGGGAGUGUGGGAAAAACUUCACUCGGCGCUCACACCUCAUUAGUCACCAGAGAAUCCAUACCGGAGAGCGACCCUAUGAGUGCCACGAAUGCGGGAAAAGCUUCAGUGAGAGCUCAAACCUUAUCAGACACCAAAGAGUCCACAAGGGGGAGCGGCCCUAUGAAUGCUGUGAGUGCGGGAAAAGCUUCACUCAGCGCUCAGCCCUUACGUCACAUCAGAGAAUCCACACGGGGGAGAGACCCUAUGGAUGCUGCGAGUGCAGGAAAACCUUUGCUCAGCAUUCAGCCCUUGUUACACAUCAGAGAAUCCACACGGGGGAGAGGCCCUAUGGAUGCAGUGAGUGCGGGAAAAGCUUCACUCAUAGCUCAGACCUUAUUAGUCAUCAGAGAAUCCACACAGGAGAGAGACCGUAUGAAUGCUGUGAGUGCGGGAAAAGCUUCUCUCAGCGCUCACACCUUAUUACUCAUCAGGGAAUCCACAGGGGGGAGAGACCCUACGCCUGCUCUGAGUGCGGGAAAACCUUCACGCGGCGUUCAAACCUUAUUACCCAUCAGAAGAUCCACAAGGGAAAUCAUCAACCACGGUAGAGGGCUUUGCCUUCACCCCCUCCCCUGGUUCUUAUCACGCAGACACAAAGUAGACCAGAAGUCCUAAGUGCAGGCAAUGGGAUAUUUAUUGGGGUUAGUUUCCAGUCUUGUUUCCCAGUGUCCCAUUGCCCCCUCCUCAGCAGGCAUAAUUAUACCGGAAAUGCACACCCACAGUCCGACUUCUUACAACUUAUGGUUAUGUUCCAUUAUGGGGGGCCGUGGGUCUGGGGUCUUCAUCCCACCUCUUUUGUACUCCAUGGGAGGGAUAAGGAGUGAGGUUCUGCUACAGACAAAGACAUUUCUUAGGCCUUCCCCCCAGUCCCCUCCCAACUGGUUGCUUGACCUUGCCUUGAGAUAGGAGUAGAGGCAGUCUUCAAGUGUACCAUGCCCAGUAACACUUUAACUGUUCUUAUCUGCUCCCAUUACACUAACGAACCCAUCUGGCUAGGCAGCAGCAACAUUCACAGUGUCUUUGUCCUUUGUUCACACAUAUUAGUAAGGAUAUAAGUGUAUCAAGAAUCAAACGGGCAAACAAGACCUAAGAUUCUAUCUCAGGCGAAAAUACAGGCCUGAAUCCUACAUUUUCACCAGCACUCCUAAAAAACCAUAAAAACGGUAUAUAAGGCUGGCAAAUGAUUUUUUCUUUCUUUCAUACUUUUCCUGAUUCCAACGUCAAGACCUUUAAGGCUGUUUGCUUCACCGGGGGCCCUCUGCUCCCCAUGUGGUUGCCCACUAUUGUCUUUCGCAGCUAGCCCUUCCCAUGGUCCUUUCUGUAAACUCUAUAAUCCUAUAUCAGUCAUGAGAAUGUGCGUCCCUCCUACCAGGCACGUCCAUCAGCUCAAGGUGUGCGUGAUUUCCACUAGCUAGAUCAAUAUAAAAUCUACCUGGGCCUCACCUCCAGUAGGACUUUCCAUGGAGUUAGGUGACUCGAGUUAGCGACCCUGAUGUAAAAACACAACUAUUCUUGCAGUAAUGACAGUGUGUAGCGUGUCCGUUGUUAUCUAGCGCGUUGCCUCGUCACCUGCCUUAACCUCCGUUUCCUGGUCAAAGCCAAGCUGGAGCGUCGCAUUUAUACUCUUCCUCCCACUUCACUGAGUUCACCCUUUGGAACAGAUCGUCUCAUUCCCAGUUGUUCACACAUUGCCCUGGGAGGUGCUGAAGGUGAUUUUUGUACCCCUUUCCUCAUUUAAAAUAUAUUUAAAUAUAACAAAGAGCAGGAACACGGUGGAGAAAAAAAUGUCAUUUCAGCCUCUGUGACAUCCUAAGGCAAGGGGGCGAUGUGCAGGAAUUCCCUCCUGCAGCAUUGCCCCUGCAGUGUCACCUUCUGUCUGAUCCAAGUAGCGUUUUUCUUUUUCCCAUUCUGCCUCUCCACCUCCCAAACUGUCCCACGAGGCCGUGUCCUCAGCUCUCGGAGGCGAGUAGAUUUGAAGUCUAGGAAGGAACAUCAUGAUCAUCUUGUCUGACCUCCUGCAUAUGGCAGGGCACAGCACCUCCCUCACCCACUCCUGUACGCAACCUCUGUCUGAGCUCCUGAAGUCUCCAAAUCAUGAUUUAAAGAUUUCAAGUGAGAGACUCCACAAUUUACUCUAGUCCAAACAAGCAAGUUACCUGUUCCCCACACUGCAGAUGAAGGGAAAUCCGCUCCCCUCUCUACCCCUUUCAGAGAGUCUCUACUAAUCUGAGCUGGGGGAGAAUUUGUUCCCUAUCCCAAAUAUGGCGAUGAGUUAGAUUGUGAGCAUGUGGGAAAAAAUUCUCUGUAGGGAUUAAGAGCCCUCUCCCUCCUAGUGUCCCAUCUCUGGCCACUGGAGAUAUUUGUAACAGCAAUCAUGCAGGGGGGCAUAUGCCACCAUAGGAAAUCUCAUCAUGCUGUCGCCACCAUAAACUUAUCAAGCUCAGCCUUGAAACAAGUCAGGUUUUUUGGCCCCAUUGCCCACCAAGCUGUUCUGGAAUGUCUCUCCUCCGGGAGUUGGAAACCUUCUUGUAAUUUCAAGCCUAAAUUUGUUGAGGGCCAGAUUAUAUCCAUUUGUGCUUGUUCUCAUACAGGGCCCAACUUAAAAAAACCUCUUCUCCCUCCCUGGGGUUUUAUGUUCUGAUUUAUUCAUAGAAAGUAAUCCUAUCUUCAGUUUCCUCUCAUUGGGUAGGUUCUCCAUUCCUCUGAUCAUCCUAAUAGCCCUCCUCUGGGUUUUUGGAAUUGUGUUUUGAUUUCUUUGAUCCUAAAUCAGACUCCCUAGAGCUGGAGAUGAAAGUGUCACCGAGCGGGAAGGGGAAUUUGAAUGGAUCCCAAACACAAUGUGAUCAUUCAGAGUUUAAAUCGCAGGUUCUGUGUAUUUACAAAGCCACUUCGGGACUUUUUCCUGCUGAGUUCGGAUUGUUUACAGGUGGAAAUGUAGACUGUUGUUCCCGUUAUGAUGAUUCUAACCCUUAAAUAAAAUAUCUAAUAAUAAUACUAAUGAGACUUCUCUGGGAAGCAGAUUUGAAAAGAUUAGAGGAGAAUGCAGUGGGUGAAUCUCUUGUCCUGAUUCUGGGUCAUCAAACACAACCCGCUCUGGAAUUUCACUUUAUAUGAAACUGGAAGUGUCUUACACAUCUGUUGGAUGUGGAUUUUUUCCUGAAGGCCGUGUGGUCACAUAACUAGAUAUUAGAUUGCCAGGAUAUAGCUAAGAUUCAUUGCGGACUUUACGACAAGUGAUCAUUUGCUAAAAGAGAGAGGCAAGGUGAGCAAUAUCUUUUUUUAUUGGACCAACUUCUGUUGGUGAGCUAGGCAUGCUUUUGAUCUUAGCUCUGGUCUACACUACAGUGUUAGCUCGAUGUACGGUCGUUUUCACUGACCUUAUUCUGCAAGUGUCUACAUUAAAUGCAGCUCCUUCUAAUGUAACUCACCCACUACAUCGACUGAGGGCUGGUCUACUGUAGAAGCACAACAUUGGUGCACCUGCACCACCGUAGUGCAGUUGGUGAAAAUGCUCUAUGCCAGUGGCUCUCAAUCUUUCCACGUGACUGUAUCCCUUUCAGGAGGCUGAUUUAUCUUGCAUACACCCCAAAUUU